AUGCCCCGAACUCUCACCCUGCAGCACUGCCCUUCCCCCUCACUCAUGGAUCCAUUACUUCCUUCCCUGGGCCCACACCUGACCGCACACUCCACAGACAUUAUCCUUCUCUUUCCUCAUUCCAGAGGUCCGCCCUGCCAUGCAACCAUCACCCCAUUUUAUUUUCCUCAUCUUCUCUGUCAGAGUUUUAUCUGUAUACAUGUAUACUUCCCCCAGUCCCCAGUUGUAAAUGCUCUCAAAGGCAGGGCCCUUGCUGCCCUCUUUGAGCCUCCAGGCCUAGGGCAGUACCCAACACAGAUCCUCCAUCAGUACUGGAGGAUGCCAAAGUAA